GGCCGGAGGUAGUUCGGACGAGGUGGCUGCUAAGAAGCCAUGGGGCGCGUUAACAACAGAACCAAGGUAUCGCCGUCGAGAGCCGCCUACAAAUCAGAAAAUCGGAAGAUGAGCAACGCCGACCGUUCGGCAUACUUCGCUAGGAGAGAGGCGGCGAAGAUAUUGCGGCGUGUUCUCGAGGGAGACGCUCAACGUCGAGCCAUAGCCUCCAUCAAGUCACUCGUUUAUGCUCCAUCUGUUCGGAAUAAGAAGGGCACAUUCGCUCUUGUUUGCAAGACUCUCAAAUACCUCCCUGUGAUCAAGGACGUACUUGAGGCUGCUGAUUUAUUGAGCAACAAAUGGAAGAGGCAGAAGGAAUUAAUUUAUGUAAUCAUGUAUGAUAUCCUCCUAGGCCAGAAAGCUCAUCUAGCUGGCGAUGCAGAGAAGUUUCUCAUGCGGCAGCAAAGUGCUUUACAAUCUGCUGUUACACAGCUUUUGUCGAAGAAAAAAGCAAACAGUAUUGAAGAUUUAAUAACUCGUGGUGAUGAUGAUCCUGGUGUUUCAAGGCCCCGUUUUAUUCGCGUGAAUACUUUGAAGAUGGAUGUUCACACAGCAAUAAAAGAAUUAGGCAAAAGAUAUCCAGUUCAGAAGGAUGAUAUGGUUCCUGACCUCUUGAUACUUCCCCCAGGCAGUGACUUACAUGAUCAUCCUCUGGUUGCAGAUGGAAGUAUCUUCUUACAAGGGAAGGCUAGUUCCAUGGUUGCAGUAGCACUUGAUCCCAAGCCAGGAUGGGAAGUCCUUGAUGCAUGUUCAGCACCGGGUAACAAAACUGUCCACCUUGCCUCUCUCAUGAAUGGAAAAGGAAGGGUCAUUGCAUGUGAACUGAAUGAAAGCAGGGUCAAACGCUUACAACAUACUAUCAAACUAUCUGGCGCUUCUAUUAUAGACGUUUUGCAUGGGGAUUUCCUCAAGCUUAGUCCAAAAGAUCCUUCGUUAUCCAAAGUCCGUGCCAUUCUUUUGGAUCCUUCCUGCUCUGGAUCUGGAACUGCGGCUGUCAGAUUAGAUCAUUUGCUCCCGUCACAUGUUGAAGGGACAACCUCUGGAGAUGACCUUGAACGACUAAACAAACUCGCUGCCUUUCAGAGAAAGGCUCUUGCACAUGCAUUUUCCUUUCCAGCCGUAGAGAGAAUUGUUUACAGCACUUGUUCCAUUCAUCAAAUUGAAAAUGAAGAUGUCGUCCAGUCACUAUUACCUCUUGCUGAAUCACAUGGUUUUCAACUAGAUACUCCGUUCCCACAGUGGCAGCGACGAGGUCUCCCAGUGUUCGCCGGCGCUAACCACUUACUCCGAACCGAUCCUGUUGAAGACAAAGAAGGGUUCUUCAUAGCUCUAUUUAAGAAGAAGCAGAACACGACGAACCCAUUUCCCCGAAGUUUAAACAUAGAUAAAAGCUCAAGAUAUCGUAGUGGAGAUGUCCGUAACAAUCGGGCUUUAGCAUGCCCUCCUACUAAGAUCUCUAAACUGCGGUUGUAUCAGUAUGCACUUUCGACAAGGACACGAUGGAGAAAGAACCACUCCAUCCAAAACUAGAUCGAUAACUUGAUUUUUUUUCAAAACUAAACAUAGUAAAAUCAAUGGUUGGCUUCAGUUUCAAGUAAAAGGAGGACUUCAUUAA